AAACAAAUGAACCGUUAAGAAAUAUUUAUCAAAAAGUUAUUUAAAGGGACUGAAGGGACGCUACCAUAUAUAUUAGGCCCAUAAGGUAAAUCUGGCGCUUUCAUCUGAUUGAAUGGUGAGCGGGUAUUGUUGGCAUCGAUUCGGUUCUGUGUUCGGAGGAGGCCCAGUUCGACGAGCUCAGCGCCAGUUAGAACAAAAAACACAAUGAAGGAAGUGGAAUAUGCUCAUCAGAACAGAUCUGAAAGUCUGCCUUUAGAGGACAAAGUGCAGAAGAAAUACCACGGCGUCCAUCAGCAGCAGGAUGUUGGUAGAAAUCAAACCGCUGAAAAUCAGCAUCUUUGGGGGAAGAAAAACGAGAUUUCUUGGAAAGUAAGUCUGGGCCAACAGGAUGCAAUGCCAUUCUACAUAAAGGAGGAGGAGGAGGAACUUUGGAUCAGUCAGGAAGGAGACGAGCUGCUUGGAGGAGAUGAAGCUGAAUACGGAAAAUUCCCAAUUAAUGUUGUAGUGAAGAACGAAGAUGAUGAAGAGGAACCCGAGUCUUCACAGCUUCAUCAGAGCCAAACCAACACCAGAGAGAUGGAAUCUCCAACCAGCAGCUCCUUUAAAUGGAUUAAAACAGAAACUGAUGGAGAGGACUGGGGACGACUGGAACUYAUCUCGAAGACCGAUCCAAAUAAUUUCAAAAUAAAUAAACACAGAAGGGCUGCAGACUCCCUAGACAAUGAAGCCAGCGAAAAUGAGGAUAAUCACUGUUAUAAUAACUGGCAUGGACCUAUAGCGGGGACUGAAAAUCGAUGGAAGGGAGGCCAGUUAGCUGAGGCAGGCAUGAAUAGCGAUGCAGGCUGUAAUGCUUCCAGAAAGGUCUUCAGCUGCUCUGAGUGCGGUAAACAGUUUCUGGACGAGCAGUCUCUAAGGAGACACAUGAGACGCAACACAGAAAAAAAUUCUUCAGACUGUUCAGUUAUUCAGAAAUGCUCCGAAGUGAAGAAAAAUGCAGAUUCACAGGCCAAAGUCCACACAGGCAAGAAAAACUUCAGCUGCGAGAUAUGUGGCAAAACUUUCAGAGAUCAUUUCAGCCUUACGUCUCACAUCAGAGUGCACACAGGAGAGCAGCCGUUUGGUUGUGAAGUAUGCGGUAAAAGAUUCAAGCACCAGCAUGACGUGAAGAAACACAUGAGAGUUCACACAGGAGAGAUGCCUUUUUGCUGCGAAGUUUGUGGGAAACGAUUCAAGCACCAGCAUAAUCUGAAGACGCACAUGAGAAUCCACACGGGGGAGAAGCCCUAUGUUUGUGAUAUUUGUGGGAAAAGAUCACGGUUUCAGCACAACCUGAAGACACACAUGAUAAUUCACACAGGAGAGCGUCUGUUUGACUGUGAUCUUUGUGGGAAAAAGUUCACUUGUAAGAAAAGCCUUAAGGCGCACGAGUCGGUCCACACCGGAGAGAAACCACACAGCUGUGAGAUCUGUGGUAAAUGUUACAAACGGAAAACACACCUCAGGACUCACAUGACGUCCCACACUGAGGAAAGGCCUUUUGGCUGUGAAGUUUGCGGCAAAAGAUUUAACCGUAAGACAUACCUUGAAACGCACAUGGCGGUCCACACAGGCGAGAAACCUUAUAGCUGCGAUUUCUGUGGUAAAAGAUUUACCAGAAAAACGCAUUURGAUUCACACAUUAUAGUUCAUACAGGAGAAAAACCAUUUGGCUGUGCCGUCUGUGGGCAGGAAUUCACCCAACAGGGAAGUUUAGACCGGCAUAUGACAUUACACCUAGGCUAAUGAGUUUGUGUGAAUGCAAUGUGUAGACUUGUAAGGUAGGUAACUGUGUCUGUAAGACURAUGGAAAUUAGGCCAAAUAUACAUCAUCUUAAAAUCAAUAAAUCCAAAAGGUUUAUUGAAAAUUAACUGAAAAGGUAUCUAAUAGUUUCUUAAGAAGUGAAGUGUUAUGUUGAUUAGUUUGGAUAUUAUGUUUAGCCGGUAUAGUAGUAUAAGGGAUGUUACAGAUUAAUGACCAAUGGCAUCACUACAAACACCCAUAAGUGGGUUAAUAUGAAUUGGUUUUUUCUUCAAUUCUAACUCAUUUGGGCGGAAUAUUGUGUUUACAUAUGUUCUGUAUAUAUGUUGGGAGAAUUUGAUUUUCAUCUGUCAGCUUGAGUUUGACAGAUGUUCUUCAGCUCUAAGUCUUGGGGUCUGUUGACUAAUUUCUGCUUUGGUUAAUCAUGUAAGCAAUUUGUGUUGCAUGACAAUAACAGAGUGGUUAAAAACACUAAAUAAAUACUUUCUGCAAUAUA